AAUCAAUUGAUGUCUUGUAUUCACUCAAUACUAUUGAGUCGACAAUGAAUUGCAAUAAAAUUUAUACACAAAACACACAAACCGUCCGAAAGAUGGCAUUCAAUGCAGUCAUGCAUUCAUUCAAUCGUUUCAUCAGUUCUUCACAUGAAUUGACAAAACAUAUGAUAAUUGUUUUGAAAGCACUUUUGCCGAAGACAUCACACGAAGACAUCACCCGAGAGGUUGUGUUGAGUGAAUGGCCAGCAAAACGGCGGUAGUGUUGGGCGGAGGCAUAAGUGGUCUUUCGUGCGCUUAUUAUCUGCAAAAGUUUUGCCGGCAUUUGAAUGCAUUCAAUAAGAUUGUGGUACUGGAGAGCGGAUCCCAUUUGGGCGGUUGGCUCAAGACGUGUCAAUUCGGUAAUGGCGUGAGACAUGAGUUGGGACCGCGGACUCUGAGGGCCUCACAGAAUGCCGGCUAUAAUGUCCUCUCAAUGGUUGAAGACAUCGGUCUCGCGGAUCAAGUGAUAGGCACUUCCGUGACGUCGAGUGUGACCAAAAAGAGGCAGAUUGUGAUGAACAACGAGUUGGUAACGCUUCCCAACAGGCCUUUAGAUUAUUUACGAAAACCAAAAGCAUUUCCCAAACGAUUGAUAUCUUAUAUCAUCAAAGACUUAAAGACACCGAAAAUAGAUUUAAGUAAAUAUGAAAACGAUUGCAGUGUUUAUGAGUUCUUUGAGUACCGAUUGGGCAAAGAAGUGGCCGAUUAUAUAUUCGAUCCGUUGUGUCGC